AUGUCCAACCAAAAGCUUUACGCCAUUGCGAAACAAGUUUCCUGCUCUGGUAAAGCUUCAAAAUUCAAUGACCAACAGGCUGCCGAUUUGAUUGCUAAAACCCUAAUUAAUUCCACCUCAAAGUAUCCCCAUUUUCCACGGUCCUUAAUUUCAAAUCUAAAUCCCCACAUAACCAAUCUCGUCCUCUCGAAUCCGAAAAUCCCCAUAACUCUAUGCUUGCGCUUCUUCCAAUUUCUCUCGAGAAACCACUCGGUUGAACUGCAAACUCCCAAUUUGGAAGCCCACAUCACAAUUGUUCAGCGGCUGUUUCAAGCCAGAAGAUUUGCCGAGGCCAAGAGUAUCUUGGAAGCUGCCGUUUCGGAUGAGAAUCUCCGGCGCCCAUUCCAAGAAAUUGUUUCUCUAGCGGAUCAAAAUCAAUUUUCAGUCGAACCCGGAAUUAAAUCCAAGUUUCUCGAUAUGUUAUUUAGGAUAUACGCUGAUGUUAAAAAAUUCGAUGAGGGGUUGGAUUUGUUCGAGUACAUGGUGAAAAACGGGUUUGCAAUUGACGAGCGCUCUUGCACGAUCUACCUUAUCGCGUUCAAAAAAUCCGGCCAAUUUGAGUCACAGUAUAAAUUUUUCCAGAGAAUGAUCGAAUCUAAUGUGACGAUCAAAGUACACUCGCUGACAAUUGCGAUUGAUGGAUUGUGCAAGAGAGACGAAAUCGAGAAAGCCAGGAAACUAUUGGAUGUUAUGUCCAGAAAAGGGACCAAACCAAAUGCUUUCACUUUUAACACAUUGUUAGAUGCUUAUAUGAAGAAAUCCGAUACGAAAGGAGUCGAACAAAUAUUGGCUGACAUGGACAAAGCUGGGGUUGAUUUCAAUGUGGCGACUUACACUCUUCUAAUCAACUCCCAUGUGAGACUUUCAAAAACCCGAGAUGCAGAGAAGGUGUUUGAGAAAAUGUUCGAGAAGGGGUUAUAUGCCGAUAUACACGUGUACACUUCCAUGAUAAGUUUAUACAGUAAAUCGGGCGACCUCAAGAGGGCACUUGCUUUAUUCGACGAGCUGGCGGAUAAGGGUCUCGAGCCAAACGUGCAGACUUACGGCUCUCUACUGCACGGCGUGUGCAAAACGGGGAAAAUGGAGGCUGCAAAGACAUUAUUCGAAGACAUGCAAAGAAGGGGCAUAGAUGCUAACCGAAUCAUUUUCAACACGUUGAUGGACGGUUAUUGCAAGCAAGGCUCGAUCGAUGAGGCUUGCAAGGUACGUGAUAUUAUGGAGAAGAAAGGGCUCGAGCCCGAUAUUUACUCGUGCAAUAUACUCUCGAGCGGUCUAUGCAAAGCUAAUCGUCACGAGCAAGCGAAAAAAUUAAUUUUCUCGACGGUGGAAAAGGGUUUGGGACUAAACACUGUUGCUUACACGACGCUCGUCAAUAUAUACGUGAAGGAGGGCAAUUUGGUCUGCGCGGAGAAUAUUCUCGACGAGAUGGAGGGAAAAGGGGUCGAGCCGAAUGCCGUGACUUACAAUGCCUUGGUGGAUGGGUAUUGCAAGAAGGGCAAAAUGGAGAAAGCGCGCGGGGUAAGGGAGAAAAUGGAGGGAAAGGGGUUUUUGCCGGAUGUUUACACGUACACGUCGCUUGUGCAUGGGGAAUGUAUGCUUGGGAAGGUGGACGAGGCGUUGAGGGUAUUUUGGGAAAUGCGCGCGAAGGGCGUGGCUCCUAGUGUGGUCACGUACACGGUUUUGAUUUCGGGUUUGGCGAACGAGGGGCGGUCUAAGGAGGCUUUUGAGCUUUACGACGAGAUGAAAGGGGUGGGUUUGGUUCCGGAUGAUAGGGUGUACACUUGUCUUGUCGGGAGCCUACAUGGCAGUGAAAACUUAAAAGACAAUAAUAAUAAAAGUCACGUGACGCCAGGUGCCGAUUGA